AUGGUCCAGAUCCGCGCACCAGCACCGCCACCCUCCGCCCCCUCCCAUCCACAACUGCAGAUUCUCUUCCGCCAUCCUGGCUAUGACGAUGGCAACAAUGUUCUCUUCAAGUUACAUGCCUCUGACAUCGACGACAAUGGGCAGCCUGGCCUCUAUGCUCAGCUUGCGCUCGAUGCCUGCACCGUAAUUGCUGGGAACUGCGCCGGCAAGUGCUGGCUGUCGUUGCUGCGAGACGGAAGCGCCUCCAUCGACCCGGCCAGCACGCUGCGCGGACGUAGCUACUACUUCCACCUCGACGGCGCUGAUGAUGAUCCGUAUGCUAUUGUCCCAAACUUCCGCCAGUGGAGCUACCCGUACGAACACCUUCCCAUACACUGGCAGCAGAUGGCGCCCAAUCUAGACUGGUGGAGGACCAACGAAAUGUCGCGGUACAACACGGGCUCGACAUCUACACUCGAAGAUACGGCUAACGCGUUACUGCUGCGCGCCGAUCUACACAUCGCUUUUGACAAGCCCCGUAUCGCCUUUGUUCCUAAGCCGACCGGUGACGGCGGCGACAUGCGGCUCGUUGCGCACUUGUUAGAGCACUCGCCCGAGCUCGAGUAUCUUUACCACAACCGCGAAUUGCACCCUACGACGGUGGGCAUUGAUAUGCUGUAUGCGCGCUUUGCAUGGACCGUCUUCUCGCUACUCGACGCAUUUCUCGAGUGCAAAACCGAUCGACGUCUCGCCUUGCGCUCUUCCGAGGUCUGCGUGGCAGAUGCUCGUGGCUUCGUAACCGCCGCUAACUGUGAGCUCUUCUCUACUGCCGCGACGAAGAAACGCUCGCAGAGCCCCAAGGAGCGCAAGCCUGAGCGUGAUACUGUGCUUGAGCAUAACGAGCUUCAGGGCUCUAUCGAUCUUAGCUGCCGAAAACGCGAAUCUGCUGUCAAAGCUGAGACUUCAUCGCCCGAUACCACUCCAAUGAAGGGCUCCCAACCCUAUCCGAUAUCUCUCAUUCUUCGAAAGCCUGUUCAAUCGCCCACAAAAUUGCCCCUCUCGCCGCUCGAUUCCUGGCCGUCUUCCCACCCUCCGACACCGUCGCUCGCACAAACCUGGCUCAGCGCCGAACGCCAGCGUUCAGAUCCUCACAGCACGUGGAACAAGGAGUGUGACUGGGCGCGGGACGUUUGGGACGGCAGGACACUGACGGGUGACGACGUGCGGCGGUGGUUCGAAGUCUGCGGCGUUGAGAUUAGGGAUGAAUUACUGUUACAAGAAGCUAUGGGGUUAUAG